GAAGCUCCUCUCCGCUCUCCAUCAUCAUCUGCAGAAAAAUGCGAGCGGGGAACGGUAACAAAAUGUCAACUCGGGCUGCUCUCCCUCACUCGCAGACAUGAGCGGAGCUCCCUCUGCCUCCUCCACCCGCAACAAGUCGCUCUCACCAUGCGGAUCCACUGCAAAGUAGUUGUGAUCGCCGUGUGUUUCGGAGUUUUCCUACUUUUGUACUUUUUGGGGGGCAAUGCCGCGGACGAUCCGCUGUUGAAAGAAGUUGUAGAGCAGGAGGAGGAGGAGGGCAGCAAGUCUUCCCCGUCGUCUCCUGAGCUCAGACGCGAUGUUGCGGCAAAGUUUGUCAGGAAAUCAUCCGCCGGAGUCGGUGUGCGUGCGGUGGAGCCUCUCAAGGGACGAAAAGAGGGGAAAACGAUCAAUAGAGGUGCCAGCGUGAAUGCAAAGAGUAAACUGCGGAGUAAUGUGGCCCGACCUGUGAUCAAGCGCACCCGGGCUGAGGAGUUCAUGCACUUGGCUGUGGUGGCUUGUGGGAAUCGUCUGGAUGAGACCCUCACCAUGGUCAAAUCAGCCCUCCUCUUCAGCCUCAAGAAGAUCAAGUUUCACAUUUUUGCUGAAGACCCCCUGGCCCCACAGUUUGAAGAAAGGCUGAACCACUGGCCUCGCCCCGUCUCAGCCAAGUUCCAGUACAGCAUCUACCCCAUCACCUUCUCCGUGGGGAACGCUGACGAGUGGAAGAAGCUCUUCAAGCCCUGUGCUGCUCAGAGACUCUUCCUCCCUGUGAUCCUGAAGGAUGUGGACUCCUUACUCUACGUGGACACAGACGUCCUGUUCCUGCGGCCCAUGGAUGACAUCUGGAGUCUCCUGAAGUCCUUCAACAGCACCCAGCUUGCAGCAAUGGCUCCAGAGCACGAGGUCCCCAAGAUUGGCUGGUACAGCCGCUUUGCACGCCACCCUUUCUACGGGGUCACGGGGGUCAACUCUGGUGUCAUGCUGAUGAAUCUCACAAGGAUCCGCAGCAAACUGUUCAAAAACAGUAUGAUCUCCAGUGGCCUGUCGUGGGAGGAUCUUCUCCAUCCGCUUUAUCAGAAAUACAAGAACCACAUCACCUGGGGAGACCAGGACCUCCUCAACAUUAUCUUCCACUACAACCCAGAGUGUCUCUUCAUCUUUCCCUGCCAGUGGAACUACAGGCCUGAUCAUUGUAUGUACGGGAGUAACUGUAAAGGGGCUGAAGAGGAAGGCGUGUCCAUCCUCCAUGGCAACCGUGGAGUGUAUCACGAUGACAAGCAGCCGGCCUUUAAAGUAGUCUAUGAUGCAAUACGUGACUUUCCCUUUGAGGACAAUAUGUUCCAGUCGCUCUUCUACCCCAUCCAGACCAAGUUCCUUGACACAGUCAACACCCUGUGUGGUCGGAUUCCUCAAGUCUUCCUCAAGCAAAUAGAAAAGACCAUGAAGAAGGUGUUUGAGGAGAAAGUGGUGCGACACGUCAGACCACACAAAUAACUGAUGGAGGAAGAGAAAUCUGUUUUAUCUGACAACACCAAGGACCGUCUUGCUGUGAACUAUUUGUCAAACCAGCAUCUUCCAGAUAGGACUGGUGGCUCAGCAUUUGCAGUGUAUUCAACACAAGACACUACCUGGGAAAAAAAAAUGGUCUUAAGAACAUUAUGAGCCUCAAGUGAUGGCAUGUGUAAUAAGCCUAUGUAUACAGAGAAGCAUACAGUGCUGGUCAGUGGUGCCGUAGAAUAGGUUUGCCUUAUUGCCGUCUCAAAAUUUUCACAUCCCAGUUAUGUAGGUGGUGAUGAAAUGUAUGAGAAUGCUGGAAAACUACAGUGGGGAAAAGAGAUUGCAUGGACCCUUUUUUGUCAAGAAUAAUUAAAGUAUCAGCUCUUCAUCUCAAGUGUAAAAAUAAAAUUGAAGCCGUAUUUUUGCCAACCAAGCAUUUUAAAAAAGUAUCUAUUUUUCCUCAUGAAUGUGGUGUCCAUUAAACAAAGUCGACUUUGGACUUUUGAAAAACUUCACAAACCACUCCUUUAUAAUCAUGUGAAUGUUUUACCAGCAAAUAACCUGAAAUGUGAGCCUGUGUGAAUGAGAAGAGUUGUGAGUUAUUGGUCUGUUCUGCAGCUGCCAAAUGCCACUGACAGUAUUAAAUACAGUACAACGGAGGAAAUACGGACUUAUAUGUUACACACCAAAUGUUAAAAUGCACUUUCAGAAUGAUAUUAGGACUGGAUGGUUGUUUGUACACAUGUCGACAUUAGAUGCUACACUGUCCGAGUGAAUCAAUACCAAAAGUGCUAGCAGUUUAAAAAAAAA